AUGGAAGGGGAAGACGAAUCGCUGUCGCAUUCAGUCGAGUCAGCAGACUCCGAAUCCGAUUACGAUCUAUCUCCCGAAUCUGAAUCUCAAUCCGCCAGCUAUGAAAGCAACGACGGCGAUGAAGACGAAAUCCCCGCUGCCCAUUCAGCUCCGCCGCCGAACCACCGGACAAAGUCGCCAAACGUGGCCGCGCUAGUAAGGGGAGAUAUAAAAGUGAGACGGCAAUCGUUGUUCCCUCGAGUUUAUUCCGUAGCAGAUGCAGUAGCCACCUUAAGGAAGCCCUUUAAGCCUCCCUCUUGCAGUGGUUAUUCCGAGAACAAAGAGCAGCUCUCACGCCGGCUUUGUGCUCGUAAGAGGUUUGUGCCGUGGGGUUCCACAAGACCUGUGUUAAUCAACAUUACAAACAGGCUGAACUCACCUGAGACCACUGGGAACUAUGAUCAGGAGGAGAGCGUGUCACUUCCUCCAGGAGUUGAGCCUCUGGUGUUAUGGCAGCCCGACGAACUGAAAGAGUCGGACAGUGAUUUGACGCCUAUUGUUGUGGAUCCUUUGCUUGUGAAAUUUCUCCGCCCCCACCAAAGAGAAGGGGUGCAAUUCAUGUUUGAUUGUGUUUCUGGUGCUCUCAGUGCUGCCAAUAUCCACGGGUGCAUUUUGGCUGAUGAUAUGGGGUUAGGAAAGACUUUGCAGUCAAUUACAUUACUCUACACUCUUCUUCAUCAGGGGUUUGAUGGGAAACCAAUGGUUAAAAAGGCAAUAAUUGUGACUCCUACUAGUUUGGUCAGUAACUGGGAAGCUGAAAUCAAGAAAUGGGUUGGGGAAAGAGUGAAGCUUGUUGCACUCUGUGAGAGCACCCGAGAAGAUGUUGUCUCUGGAAUUGAUAGGUUUACCUGUCCUCGAAGCCCAUUACAGGUACUGAUUGUUUCCUAUGAGACAUUUCGGAUGCAUUCUUUAAAAUUCAAUCAAAGCGGAUCAUGUGACCUACUCAUAUGUGAUGAGGCUCAUAGGUUGAAGAAUGAUCAAACAUUGACCAAUCGAGCAUUAGCUGCUUUAUCAUGCAAACGCCGCAUCCUGUUGUCUGGGACCCCAAUGCAAAAUGACCUUGAAGAGUUCUAUUCCAUGGUUAAUUUCACAAAUCCUGGAGUUCUGGGUGAUGCUACAAAUUUCCGGCGUUAUUAUGAGAUGCCAAUUGUUUGUGGUCGUGAACCGACGGCUACUAAAGAAGAAAAGAGGCUUGGUUCAGAUAGAUCUGCAGAACUAAGUGCAAAAGUAAAUCAGUUUAUAUUGCGGCGGACUAAUGCACUGCUAUCCAAUCACUUACCACCAAAGAUAGUCGAAGUCGUGUGCUGCAAGCUGACAAAUCUCCAGUCUACGUUGUACAAUCAUUUUAUACAUUCAAAAAAUGUUAAACGGGCGAUUUCAGAAGAAGCAAAACAAUCAAAAAUCUUAGCUUACAUAACUGCUCUUAAGAAGCUCUGCAAUCACCCUAAGCUAAUAUAUGAAACGAUAAAAAGUGGGAGUCCAGGAACAUCUGGGUUUGAGGACUGUCUGCGUUUUUUCCCACAAGAAAUGUUCUCUGGGAGGUCUGGAUCGUGGAAUGGUGGUGAAGGGGUAUGGGUUGAACUAUCAGGAAAAAUGCAUGUCUUAGCCAGAUUACUUGCUCAUCUUCGUAACAAAACAGAUGACAGGAUCGUUCUAGUUUCAAAUUAUACACAGACGCUGGACCUCUUUGCUCAAUUAUGCCGAGAGAGAAAAUAUCCUUUUCUUAGACUUGAUGGGACAACUUCUAUCAGCAAAAGACAAAAGUUGGUUAAUCGUUUCAAUGACCCCUCAAAGGAUGAGUUUGCAUUUCUCUUGAGUAGCAAAGCAGGAGGCUGUGGCCUAAAUCUGAUUGGUGGGAAUAGAUUGGUGCUCUUUGAUCCUGACUGGAAUCCAGCCAAUGACAAACAAGCUGCAGCAAGGGUUUGGCGGGAUGGACAGAAAAAGAGAGUGUACAUCUACAGAUUUUUGAGUACUGGAACAAUUGAAGAAAAGGUAUACCAGCGUCAGAUGUCAAAAGAAGGACUUCAGAAAGUUAUCCAGCACGAGCAUGUAGAUUCAGAGAAGGGAAAUCACCUCUCAACAGAAGAUCUACGUGACUUGUUCACGUUUCAUGAGGGCGUGAGUUCUGAAAUUCAUGAGAAGAUGUGCUGCAAACGCUGUGAACAACAUGAGAUGAUGUCUGAUUCCAGUUGUAAAUCGAAUGACAUGAAUGAGGGUUGCCCGCCUGAUGAAGAGGAUAUAGGGGGAUUUGCGAGUAUUGCUGGGUGCCUCGACAAAUUAAAACACCAUGAGAAACAGAUCGGAACUCCAAAGGAAGAAGAUUUAGCCAGCUGGGGGCAUUAUCAUUCUCCAUCAUCGGUACCUGAUUUGAUAUUUCAGGCUUCAGCUGGAGAUGAGGUUUCAUUUGUUUUUACAAAUCAAGUAGGCGGGAAGCUUGUCCCGGUGGAAUCAACUUUGAGGCCAAUGAUUGAAAAGGUUGAUGAGCAGAAAAGACAGCUCACUUGUAGAAAAGUAUCCUCAAGAGAAGUAGAUUUUUCGUACAAUCACAAAAGAACAUCUCCUUCGUACUCUGUUAAGGAAAACUCUUUAGGAAAUUCAGCCAAUGCGAAGCAUCAGCCACAGCCACAGCCGCAGCCACAGUUGAAGUUAAUGAAAACUCCACAAGGUAAAGCUGAGGUCAGUCUAUCUUCAAAAAUGUCACAUAGUAUCCAAACACAAUCAAACCCAUUACAUCCUGCUUUCAUAGACGACGAUGAUUUUGCUUAG